GAGACCAUCUUCGCCUUUGUCUUCUGAUCAAAGCAAAACCCAAAAGAGAGAAGAAGAAGAAGAAAUCUCAUGGCGGAAGUUACGAAUAAGCAGGUAUUACUACGAGACUAUGUGUCUGGUUACCCAAAAGAAUCAGACAUGUAUGUAACCACUUCUACUCUGAAGCUCAAGCUUCCGGAAGGCUCCAAUGGGGUUCUGCUAAAAAAUCUCUACCUGUCCUGCGACCCUUACAUGCGAAACCGUAUGAGGAAGCACCUCAGCCCCACUUAUUAUGCAGAGUCUUUCAAGCCCCAUUCGCCUAUCAGUGGGUAUGGAGUGGCUGAAGUAUUAGAAUCUGGGGAUUCAAAAUUCAAACAAGGUGAUUUGGUUUGGGGAAUAACUGGGUGGGAGCAAUAUAGUAUUAUAAAUGCAACACAGUCUCUUUUCAAAAUUCAGGACACUGAUGUCCCCCUUUCUUACUAUGUUGGUAUUCUUGGUAUGCCUGGUAUGACUGCCUAUGCUGGUUUCUAUCAGCUUUGCUCUCCUAAGAAGGGAGAAUACGUCUUUGUCUCAGCUGCAUCGGGUGCAGUGGGUCAGCUUGUUGGGCAGUUUGCAAAGCUGUUGGGUUGCUAUGUGGUGGGUAGCGCUGGAAGCAAAGAAAAAGUUGAUUUGUUGAAGAACAAGUUCGGAUUUGAUGAGGCUUUUAACUAUAAAGAAGAGGCUGAUUUGGAUACAGCUUUAAAAAGGUACUUUCCGGAAGGAAUAGACAUUUACUUUGAGAAUGUUGGGGGAAAGAUGCUUGACGCUGUGCUAUUGAAUUUGAGAGUCCAUGCUCGAAUUUCUGUGUGUGGAAUGAUCUCACAGUACAAUCUUGAGCACCCAGAAGGUGUUCAUAAUUUGAUGAACCUCAUUAUCAAACAAGCCCGGUUAGAAGGAUUUGUAGUGACUAGCUACUAUCAUCUCUACCCCAAGUUUCUUGAGUUUAUUCUACCGUCCAUCAAACAAGGCAACAUCGUUUAUGUCGAAGAUGUUGCUCAAGGCUUGGACAAUGCCCCAGCUGCUCUUGUUGGCCUCUUCCUUGGUCGCAACGUUGGAAAACAAAUUGUUGCCAUUUCUCAUGAAUGAUCACUGGCCUAGUUAGGUUGCUUCUCUUUUUUCCUUGUUUACCCCAAAAGAGAGAAAAAAAAAAAACCUUCAGGUGCUUCCUCCUUCUGCAUUUGCAAAUAUGUGCAAACAUUGGUCUUAUAGUCUUUGGUGUAUUGUUUUGUGAUGUUUCUUUUCUACCUUCCACUUCUUAUCACAGCUUGCUUAAUAAGACUUUUCUUUCGUUAUUUUAGAAAGAAAAGACAAAUUAUUUAAAUAACUCAAUUGUAGUAACGCAAGGUUU